GAGGCAGCAACGACUCGUGUUCCUGCAGGCCUCGACUCUCUCUUUGCGUUCUUCGAAAGAACUCGUAUUUGAAAACUCGCGUUCGUCAUCGUUCUCGUCUACGAUCUUUCUCUUUUUUUUUCAUCCGUCAAAAAAAAAAAAAAGAUCUCGAUAGACACGAGAAUUCGAAAAGAAAAGUUUGCCCAGACGCGUAGGCAGCCAUUUUGGAGAACGCGAAAUUCGAUCGAGGAGGAUCGAGUGAAAGAGAAGAAAGUGUCCAAAUGGAAUUUCGUCGAUAUACGAUGACGACGAUAGCCGUUUGAUAAAAACACUCUCUUUCUCUUUUAUAUCCACGCAUAUAUAAUUCGAUUGUUCGUUUGUCGACGAAGAAUGAAAGAGUCCUGAACGAGGCGACGACGUAUUGUUACAAUUCGUUGAUCAUAUUUCGCUAUCUCGAAGAUUUCGAUUCGUUCGGUUAUCGAUCACCGACAAUGGUGCUUUGACGUACGAUCCGUCGUUACUUCCGCGCUGAUCCAGGAUCCGUGCGAUGAUCGGCAAGACAUUAUUAUUGGUCCUUUGGAUACUUCGAUGGAUCAGCUUUCUCGGAGAUCGCACGCUGGCCGAGGCAUGGCCGACGAGCCUCGACGAGUCGCUCGACGAAAGGAACGACGCAGAAAUUUUCCGGGCGGUCGUCGAGUCGAUGAGGGAAUGGUCGCUUCACAAACGCGAACGUCAUAGAAGCAAAAGGGAAGUGUCCAAGGUUUGUUACGAGGACGUUGGCUGUUUCGAGGAUACCGGACCCUUUAGCUACCUCGAGAUGUUACCUUCGCCGCCAAAGGACGUUGGUACCAGAUUCCUGGUUUACGGUAGCAGAAAGGCAAGAUCUAUACCUAUGGAAGUGCCUGCCGAAGAUAUAAACGAUAACGCUCACCGUGCCAUAGAUCCCGAUCUGCCGACCAAAGUUAUCGUACACGGCUUUGGAUCUAGUUGCGAUCACGUGUGGGUUUACGAGAUGAGAUCGGCGCUAAUGACGGUUCACGAGUGUAACAUCGUGUGCGUCGAUUGGGGUCCGGGAAGUGCCGUGCCAAAUUACGUUAGAGCGGCAGCCAAUACUCGACUGGUCGGACGACAAUUGGCCAAAUUGAUUCGAAACUUGGAGGUUCCCCAAGAGAAGGUACAUUUGAUCGGCUUUAGCCUUGGCGCGCACGUAGCUGGUUUUGCCGGAGCGGAGCUUGGAAACGUUUCUAGAAUCACCGGAUUGGAUCCAGCUGGACCGCUCUUCGAAUCUCAAGAUCCCAGAGCUCGAUUGGACGAGACAGAUGCUAAUUUCGUCGACGUGAUACACAGCAAUGGUGAACAGUUGAUACUCGGAGGACUCGGCUCUUGGCAGCCAAUGGGUGACGUUGAUUUCUAUCCCAAUGGUGGAAGAAUGCAAACUGGUUGCUCGAAUAUUUUCGUCGGAGCUGUGUCUGACAUCAUUUGGUCUGCCCCGGUUGAAGGCAGAUCUCUCUGCAAUCAUCGACGCGCUUACAAGCUCUUCACCGAUUCCGUCAGCCCGAAAUGUCGUUUUCCUGCGUUUCCCUGUCCACGUGGCUACGACGGUCUUCUGAAGGGCGACUGUUUUCCCUGCAACUUUAAUGGCGAGGAUAGGCCUUGCGGUGACAUGGGUUAUUACAGCGACAAACUGCCAGCCAGAGGUCAGCUUUAUCUAAUAACGAGGGACGAAGAACCGUUUUGCGCUCAUCAAUACAAAGUGAAGGUGUACAACAGUCGUGGCGAAAGGCCGACGAGGAGUUACGGCAAAUUGCAGAUAACGCUGAUCGGCGAAGGAUCCUUCAACGAGAGCUUUGCCAUGACGCGAAAGGACGAAGAACUUUUGGUAGGAGUUACGCUUCAAAAGAUCGUUGUACCUCAUCCGGCGGUGACCAACAUAGAGUCCAUCGAGAUCAAAUAUACGGCGUACAGUGGAUGGUUAUCGUCGGGCCUGGUUACUUGGAGUAUAGACAAGGUAGCGUUGGUCGAUAGUUUCGGUAAAACGCUAUCGAUAUGUAAAAAAGGUUUAAUCCUGGAGUCUGGACGAGCCAGCCACCUACCGCUCUACCCGGGUGAUUGCGAGGUACCUGUUGAAGGAGAAAACGUUACGAAUCCCAUGAUAGUUCCGUUGGAACGCAUGGUUCAAGACAGACAAGGCGGUAUAGGUCCCUUCACGAAGGAUCAGAAUUAUGACAUUAGAAAUGCUUACUCCAACGAGUUCGCAUCGAGGAAGAAACCUGGCUCGAAAGGCGUCGGUCCGUUCACGAAGGAACAGAACCUCAGAUCGAUCGAAGGAUCCAACGAUUACGAGAAAUCCGACGAUCGUCCCGACGAUACCUGGAAAAUCGUUGAUAUUUCGAACGACGCCGAGUCUAAUUCUUUGGAUAACAGCGAAACCGAGGGCGGAAGGAGUUUCUCCGGCUCGAACUUCAUCCAGCGAGUUUCGUCGUUCACCGAGAUCAGCGCUGAAGACGUCACAACGAAACAAUACUUGCCGGAGAUCCGAGAACCCGUGUUACGUUCGAACAAGAAAGAAUCUGGAAGAUCUCUCAAGUUGUCGGAGAUCACCGAGCCGAUUCUGAGACCACGUUCGACGAGACAGAACCUAGGAAGAAGAAACGUAUCCUCGGACGAAGAAGGACAAGACGACGAGAUUCAAGAGACCUCGUCGACGUCUACGAGAGGCUUCACCGUACAAUUUCUACCAGAGAGAUUAGCCGGGAUACUCGCACAAGCCGAGAAAUAUGCGAGGCAAACGUUGCUGCCAUUGAUUUCGCAAUACACACCUAGCUUCGUGGGUGGCCUACGUCAGGAGGAACCUAAAUACUUUCCACCGUUGGGCGAUGGGUUGGACAAUAAAGAGUCUUUCGAAAGCACGGUAAGAUCGAGGGAUCAAAAUGCGAAGCGGUUGGAUAUAGAAAAAGAGAGCGUUGAAAAUAGCGAAGAGAGAGACAAGGAUAUCGUCGUCGAUCGACCGAGCUCGCCGGAUAACAUCGAAGAUAAAGAGGAUAACGCGACCGUAAAAAGGAAUGAAAGCGACGAGUGGGUGCCGAUCGAGGAACCGGAUGCCGCGAUGUCUCGAAGAAACUCUAACCUGUCUCGGGACUCUGACUCUGUCGACGAGAAGGAUCGAGGGAUGGUUGCUUCGACGAAGAAAUUGAACGAUUGGGUACCGAUGACAGAGAGCAUACGCCAGUCAACGGCUAGUCCCUUUAAAGAGGAUCUUCUAGGAUCCACGAGUUCUUCGAUGGAUUCCAAAGAUCCUAUAACGGCUACUGAAAGAUCAACGUCCGAGGGAACGAACGACCAACGUAGGUUCAUACCGUUGAUAGAUUUUGAAAACUCGAGCGACUUUUUUCCGUCGACGAGUGCAAACGAGAUUGCCGAGUCUCGUUCGACGAGUAGUCCAACGGCUUACACGUCGCACAUACAGAAGAUCCCAAGGUCGACUUUGAACGAGAAGAGGGAAGCUAAAAGCUUCCCAAGGAGAACGAUGAUCUUUCCUUACGCUUACGAGAGAAGAAAGGAUCCAAGAACGAGGUACAUACCGUUGAUUCCCGAGGAGGACAUCGGUAGAUCCAUGACGUCCGUCGAAAGGGAUCGUUGACGAUCUAUCAUCGGCCAUAGCUAGAUUAACACGAUCUUGAACUAUGCCUAAGACGUUGGACUCGAGCGCGAAACGUUUCGCGCUCGUUCAGAUCCGUACUUGUUAAAACGAACGCAAGUGCCGAUUAAUGAUUUUUAUCGAGAGAGCAAAGUUAAUUUAUUUUGUUUUUAUUAUUAUUUGUUUGUUUUUCAAAGGGCACAGUAGAUACUACGUUCGUCGAUCGUAUCCCAUUCGCUUCUUGCGCCUAUCGUUGUAGAAUUAUUUUUAUUAUCUCCUUGCGCGAGAAGAGAACUAAUUGGUCCUUUCAACAAUUUUAAAAACUUGCGUUCGAAUGUCGAGAUGUGCGAACACUCGUAAAUCCUUUGUCCAUUACAUUCCUUCAAAAGUGAUCGACUACUAGUCCGCCAAGCGAUCGAUAAAACACAGCCGAGGACAUCACACAUCGUGACCUUCGCGAACCUUUAUUCCGAUAAAGAAGAAAUUUGCAAGGCAUCCACGGGGAUAUCGUUGUUCUUCAUUUUUUUGUUUCAUUCUAAGAUUACGUUUUCCAUUUCUUUUUUUGUUAACUCUUUAUCGUUCAUCAAUGAAAAGUUUAAACGACCAGGUCGACGACACUCCGAUGGCUUUAGAGAAAGGCUUUAAAAGUUAUUCGUUUGUCUUACUUUCUUUCCUUUUCUUCUAUUUUCUUUUCUUUUGGUAAAAAUUGGGAGUCCUUAGUUUUAUUACUCUUGUAUAUAGGAAUCUUUACAAUAUAAUAUAGUUUAUCUAUAUAGAGCUCCACCAAAAUUCUCUCUUUCACUUAUUACCGAUUAAUUGUUAUAGCUAUUAUUAUCUUCGUCUCGCCACACCAUUUCUCAUCGUUUACUCGACUUUUCUUUCUUUCAUCUCCAUUUCAUCGCACAUCCAUACUCGACAGACGUUCGUCGAAAAACUUUUGUAACGCCCUUUCAUCGCUCGUCGUAAAAAUGUCUGUGUUUUGUAACGAGAUUUAUACGUACUCUAUGUUUUUACUUAAAAUAAAUAACCCUUUUUCUUUUC